GAAAACCUAGGGUUUAUUAUAUAAAGGGAUUCUGCCCUUUCUCUUGUUUUCCGCCACUUCUCUUUCGGGUUCCUGCUCCGCUCGCGGCACCAAAUCUACAAUGGCUUUUGCCAAAGCUCAGAAGACGAAGGCCUACUUCAAACGUUAUCAAGUCAAGUUCAAGAGAAGGAGAGAGGGAAAGACUGACUACCGAGCUAGAAUUCGUCUUAUUAACCAGGACAAGAACAAGUACAAUACUCCCAAGUAUCGCAUUGUUGUUCGAUUUUCGAACAAAGAUAUUACAGCUCAGAUUAUUUCCGCUAGCAUUGCUGGGGACUUGGUCCUUGCUUCAGCUUAUUCUCAUGAGCUUCCCCGUUAUGGGCUGGAAGUUGGUCUCACCAACUAUGCUGCAGCAUAUUGCACUGGGCUCCUCUUGGCUCGACGAGUUUUGAAACAGCUUGAGAUGGAUGAUGAAUAUGAGGGCAACGUUGAGGCUACUGGUGAAGAUUACUCUGUUGAGCCAGCUGAUACCAGAAGGCCAUUCCGUGCUUUACUUGAUGUCGGUCUUCUUAAAACUACAACUGGAAACCGUGUUUUUGGUGCUCUUAAGGGAGCUUUAGAUGGUGGAUUGGACAUCCCUCACAGCGACAAGAGGUUUGCUGGGUUUUCCAAGGAUAGCAAGCAGCUUGAUGCUGAUGUUCAUAGGAAGUACAUUUAUGGUGGACACGUUGCGGCAUACAUGCGGACCUUGAUGGAAGAUGAACCAGAGAAGUACCAAACCCACUUCAGCGAAUACAUCAAGAAGGGCAUUGAGGCUGAUGACAUUGAGGGUUUAUACAAGAAAGUUCAUGCCGCCAUUCGGGCAGACCCAUUGGUGAAGAAAUCCGACAAGCCCCAACCCAAGGCACACAAGAGGUACAACUUGAAGAAGCUGACAUACGACGAAAGAAAAGCUCGCUUGGUGGAGCGUUUGAACGCCCUGAACUCUGCAGCUAAUGCUGAUGACGACGACGACGAUGAGGAUGACGAGUGAAAGAUGAAAAUUAGUUGAUGUGGGCAUGGAAGGAUUUUAAUGUAGUAGUUCUGCUAUUUAUUAUUUUAAGUUUCGUUCUUUGGUCGAAAACUUUUCUCAUCUUGGAGUGUUCUGUUACUUAGAAUAUCAUACUUUUGGUCGCCUCGACUUUGUCACUUUUGAGAUACCCAUUUUCUCUUCCAAUGCAAAUCAAGUUUUGACUA